CUUCCUCACCGACGAAUAAACCCGCAUUCACUCCACAUCAAUUAUCAAUAAACAAAAACACUAAAAAAAAGUGCUGUGCCUAGUUUCUGGUUUUUUAUUUUUAAAUGGAGGAGACCAAUGGAACUUCUACACCAAAUGUUUACAUCAACUCGUGCCCAACGUUCUACGAUAGUUUGAGUUUAAAUUGACAUUCCCAAAUUUACUCAGCAUUAUUAUCGAUUUCAGUGUUAAAUUGGUUAAUUGAGGAUUGGUAAUUGGUUACUGGAUGGCGAUGAAAAAUGAUAAUCCUCAUGAAACCCAUAUAAAUCAGUGUGUGAGGACUUGAGUAGUCGUAGCUGGUGUCUCCAAUCAGUGGAUUAUCUUUAGAUUUAAUUAAUUAAUUACUCGAGUCCAGGGUGGUGAUUAGAUAUUGAGAAGACCUGGGUUAUCGGAACAUUGAAAUCACGUCAGCUUUUUCCCACCUGCCCCAAAAAGAAAUGGCGAGAGAUACCCCUGGUUCACCAAUGUCUCGACCACGUGACCUUGUGACCAGCGGUGCAACCGCUACCUUAACUUCUGGGGCUUAUCAUGGCUCAACCAAUGAUGCGCAAACUCUACAUGGACAUGCUCUACAGCAGAAAAUACUUGAGCUACAGCAGCAUCAUCAACUUCAACAGCAAAUUCUACGACAGCAGUAUCAAGCUCAAGAGCGUCAGCUAGCUGAAAUGCAUGAGCAACAGAUGCACCAGUUGAAGUUGUGGGAGCAACAGAAGCAACUGGAGGAACAAAUGAGGGAAAAAGAGAGACUUGAGGCACUCAGGAAGAAGGACAAGCACGAUCACAGUGCCAUUGCCUCCACGGAAGUUAAACAGCGGCUUCAGAGUUUCCUCGUUAAUAAGAAACAGAGAGAAGCUGCAGCCGCUGCUAAUGGUGGACUCUCUGGAGCCCCAGGGUACAAGAGCUGGCUGCAGUCUCAGUCAGAAGCAACGAGUACAUCAAAUACAACACACCCCUACCGCAUGCCCCAAAUGCUGCAGGAAAAAUUUGGUGAUGAUUUCCCUUUGAGAAAAACAGCCUCGGAGCCAAACCUGCUCAAGGUACGACUAAAGCAGCGCGUCAUCGAGAGGAAUAUGGCAGCUGCGAGAAAUUCACCGCUUACGGCACGACGAAAGGAUCGACUACUGUCGCAUCUCAAACGGAAAUCACUAUUAGCAAAUUCGGUGAGCAAUCCUGAGUCUGGACCCAACUCUCCACCGACUGGUAACAAUCCUCAGUCAAGUCCAACUGCUGGAAGCAAUACACCAAUUCAAGAGGAGAAUGAAAAUACUCAGUACGGAGGUCCAUUGACAAGUAGCAGUCAGCAGGGGAGUUUAUCCGAUCUCUCACUAUUCAGCUCACCGUCCAUGCCGAAUAUAUCCUUGGGUAGACCACACGUGCAGUCCAAUUCAUUAUCGAGUGGAACAAAAUUGACACCAGUAUCAGAAGCUGAAGUGCGUGCAGCACGUACGGCACGUCUAGGAAUGCCUCUGACAGAUCAAAUGCUACCUGGUACCCUGCCCUUCUACCCAUCCCUGACAGUGAUAGAGGGUGAUUCAGCGUACAUUCACAAGCAGAUGCAGAGCUUGGAGCAACAGGGCUCACGACAACAUCUUGUUUAUCACAGUACUCCCAUAACCGAUACUCAAGUAGCUCACGCCAGACUGCAUAAGGCUGGUCACCGGCCUUUAGGUAGUAGAACGCAAUCAGCACCACUUCCACUGGGUCAUCCGAUGCUCCAGGGGAGUAUAAUGGCACCACCGACUCACUACGAGGAAUAUCUCACCGAGAAACAGCUCCACGAGCAGCAGCAAGCCCAUAAUUAUCUGAAACAACAGAUUCGUCAGACUGUUCUCACUAGAGUUGGAUCACGCAGUGGUCAGGCUAAUCAGCUCGACGAGGCAGCAGAGAGUGAAGAGUCUGAGGUGAUUGAUUUAACGGGGAAAAAGGAGAUGCUGUCUGAGGAGAGUGAGAUAUCCAAGCAGCAGAAGGAUCGGGAACAAUUUUUACAGCAGCAGAGGGAUCUCAUGAUGCGUCAUACUCUUCAAAUAAAUGAGACGUCGAGUUACGUGGGGAAUCGUGGAGGUGGUGGUAGCGUUGGUGCUGCACACCUGGGUAGACCUUUGUCAAGAGCUUUGUCGAGUCCUCUUGUCCACUUGGGACCUCAGGUAGCCAGUGCUGAUGUGUUCACCCAUGGAUCACCACAUCGUCCAACAACUGGUCUUGCGUAUGAUCCCUUGAUGCUUAAGCACGCAUGUGUCUGCGGUGAAACUGUGAGGGGACAUCCUGAACACGGUGGAAGACUGCAGAGUGUAUGGGCAAGACUCUCAGAGACUGGACUACUCCAGAGGUGUGAUCGCAUAAGGUCUCGUAAAGCUACACUCGAAGAGAUUCAGUCAUGUCACAGCGAGGCUCACGCACUUCUCUUCGGUACAAAUCCCCUGAACCGUCAGAAGUUGGAUAUGUCAAAGCUUUCUCAAUUGCCGAUCAAGAGUUUUGUUCGACUGCCAUGUGGUGGAGUAGGUGUGGAUUCGGAUACAACGUGGAACGAGCUGCACACAGCCCCAGCAGCUCGAAUGGCAGUUGGUUGUGUGGUUGAUCUAGCCUUCAAGACAACAAUGGGUGAUAUAAAAAAUGGUUUCGCUGUUGUUAGGCCUCCAGGACACCACGCCGAGACCAAUCAAGCGAUGGGUUUCUGCUUCUUCAAUUCCGUCGCUAUUGCCGCCAAAUUACUCCAACAAAAAAUGAAUACCAGAAGAAUUCUCAUCGUCGAUUGGGACGUCCACCAUGGGAAUGGUACCCAGCAGAUGUUCUACGACGAUCCACGUAUUCUCUAUCUGUCGAUCCACCGACACGACGAUGGAAAUUUUUUUCCAGGAACUGGUGGAUCAACGGAAUGCGGUGUUGGUGAUGGUCUUGGUUACAAUGUGAAUAUCUCCUGGUCUGGGGGGCUCAAUCCGCCGAUGGGUGAUGCCGAAUAUCUCGCAGCGUUUCGAACAAUUGUCAUGCCAAUUGGAAAGGAAUUCAAUCCGGAUAUUGUCAUCGUAUCUGCUGGUUUCGAUGCUGCUAUUGGACAUCCAGCACCACUGGGUGGUUACAGAGUGAGUCCAGCGUGUUUUGGGAGAAUGACACAGCAACUUCUGGAACUUGCCAAUGGACGAGUGGUGCUUGCACUAGAGGGUGGAUAUGAUUUGGCUGCCAUUUGUGAUUCAGCUCAGGAGUGUGUUCGUGCUUUACUGGGGGACGAGACGUCUCCCAUAAAGGAGGAAGAGCUCACCAGAGUGCCAUGCCAGAAUGCUGUUGAUACUCUCCAGAAAACAAUAGCCAUUCAGAUGUCUCACUGGCCAUGUGUCAAACUAGCUGCUCACACUGUUGCCACGAGUGCACUGCAAGCUAGUCAAAAGGAGCACGACGAAACUGAUACAGUGUCAGCUAUGGCUUCCUUGUCCAUGCAGCAGCCAAAAAAUUUGACAAGCACUCCAGAACAUUCCCGGGAAGUUUCUGAGGAGCCCAUGGACGAGGACGAGGCCAAAUGAAUCAGAAUUGAUUCGAGACUCUCACUGAAUCCUGAUUGUUACACAGGAGAAAAUUAUCUACGCACACUCUUCACAACAAUGCAACUUGGCUGCAUUAGUCGAAAAAAUGAUCUUAUUAUUAUAUAGAUAUAUUCGAUGCCCUCCAUUUUCGAUAUGUCGACGGAAUUGUGCCGAUAUUUGUUGCGGCUGGGCCGCACUUUAAAAACGGACAUUCGUGAAUUUGAAAAAGUGAUUUUAAUCCCCCCCUACCCCAAACACCAAUUGUUUUUGAAAACUUCGAGGAUUAUAUUUGGAAAUUUAACAAUUGAGAUUUUUACCCACUUGUGAAGUGCGAUGCUUGAACAUAUUUUGUCGAGUUGAUAAUGUUGAAAAUGCAGAUUGUGAUUGACAGACUGCUGGGAGGAACUGCUGAUUUGUUUUUAUAAAUUUUUUCAUUCAAUAUUUUACCACAACGAAUAUUUUGGGGUAAUGAUGUAGCAUGUAAUUUCACGAGGAAAUGCACUGUUAAUGGAUAGAUCAACGAAAUUUUCUGGUUGUUUUAUUUUGAUGAAUUUUAAUUUUGUUUUUGUCCUGAUUACGAUGUUCUCGUCGAGUAUUAAUCAGCCUCUCGUUUCCAUCAGUUGAAAAAUUCAAUUCGUGUUUCAUAUGUUUAACACAUUGGAUACUCGUCAGAUUCUUGACAGUGGCAGUAAAUUCGAGUUAGAAAAAAAAAAAACUUUAGAUAGGUUUUAUCGUUUCUUCUCGUUCUUAUAUUGUAUUGUUGGCGAAGUGCUGGUUACUCGCUUUGAAUUUGUCAGAUUUAUUGUAUAUGUUCACCACUGAACCUGGGGUUUGGAAAAAUUCAUUGCCGCUCAUUUUGUACGGCGGCUAUUAUCUGUGCCCUCUUAAUGUUGAGGAAGCAAACGCAUAAUGUUGUGUAUGUCGAGUGUGUUUACAGGUCUAUCAGCGCCUAAUAAUUAAUUACCCAAGCGAAGUGUUGAAGCAAGAUAAAGUGUCUCAUCUUAAUUACCGAAUUAUCUCGAAAACCAUCGAUUGGAGGCGAAAAUCAUCAAGAAUCAUUCUCUCAAGCAAUUAAAUUGUCUACAAAAAAAUUCUCUUGAUAUUUUCCCCUAAAAUCAAUGGUUUCUCAAAUAAAUCGAAAUUCCCGAAUUGAAAAUUCGGAGUUAUUUCGCUUUAACACUCACUGCUGAUUUAAAUGCAGUAGACUCCCAUUGUAGUCGCAUGGGGCUGUAGAGGAAGCGAAUUCGGAGGAAGAAAUUAAAUUUCUUCAUACCAAAUUCGAAUAAGAGAGAAGUUUAUUUUUCGGCUUUAUUUUGCCGGGAAUUUAAUUCCUCACCGGGAGAAGUGAAUAAUUCAUUGUUUACGGAUUUUAGCCCGGAGGUAUUAGAGUGGGGGGGACCCCCCCUCUCCCCCAAAUACUAAUAUACAUGUAAAAAAAAUUGAGGAGAGGUGUGACUGUAACGAGAGACUAUAACGGGAUUCUACUGUAAUGAGAUGAAGAUAACGAAUGAGAUAAAAUCAGUUUAAUUAGUUCUAAUUAAUUAUUCUGAUGUCAAUUUUUCUCUGUCCCAUCGUUAUUCGACUGGGCUGGACAGGCCGAUAAACAUCCUCAGGAUUAUUUAUCGUAAUAUACUAUCGAAGAUAUUGCGAGUGUUAUGUAAGUGCUGAUAUUGCAGAUUUCGUGAUAUUUUAAUGACAGACAAUUUCAUCUUCAUUUAUAUAUUUGAUUAUUAGAUUGAAAACAAUGAGACAAUUAUGGUCAGACCAUAAUUCAUUGUACUGGAUUAAUAAUUUCCGCAUGGAAUCAUCUUAAGUUUAUCCUCCUUGCAAAGGCUGGUGGAAUUUUGUGAUACGUACUUUGUAUAAAAGAAAGCUAAAAAGAAAAAAAAAAAUUGGAAAAAAGAAAUUUCUAAUUGAAUUGUUGAUAUGAUAUAACGUUAGACCGUCACGUACGACGCGGAGUAAAUAAACAUGGUAAUUGAAAUAUGAGCAUUUAUUUUUGUGUCUUGCAUUUUACGAAAAUACAGAUGAUAUAAAUGUUACAAGAAAGGAAGGAUUUAAGAGUUUUACAGCCAUACGCACGAGGUGUCCCAAUUUAUAUAUUCUGGAUUAAAAAAUGGGGACGCCUAGUGUAUGCGAGAGAAUAUUGAGUGUCCACUGCGAUUGCACGAGUUCGAUCUGUGAAAAUAAUUUCGUAAUUGUAAAUGCGAUCGUGGGGAACGAAAGGGCUAGGAGAAUUUUAUCUUUUUUUUUUUUAUAAUUUUGAGAAUAAUAUCUUGAGAAUAAUAAUGUGAUGUAGUCAUUGAUGUUGCGUUAGCCAACGGUAGAACAAUGAAAGACUAUUUUUCAAAAGUGAUACAACUAAUGUAAAUCAAUUCUUGUUCUCGAGAUAUUAAGACAAUUUUUUUACGAUGAGGUGAAUAAUCUCUCCUCUUCACUUUUAAAAAGCAUUGUAUAUUGAAUAUCUCCAUUGACAUGUAUGACCGAAGGAAAAGAAUGUUCAAUAUAUAUUGUAUGUCUAGCCUGAGCGUUUGAGCUGAUCAACUGACAGAUCAAUUGAAUAAUAUAUAAAACGUGAAUGAAAUUUAAAGCGAUGUUGAAAUGUAUUGCCUCUCGAUUAUAUUGCAAUAUUAUCACAACUCACGAACUACCGCAAUAGAGAUGUUUAUAUCGGACAAAAAAAAAAAUUAAUGAUAACGA